AUGGAUCCACUGCAGAAAUGGGAUCCAAUGUCGAUUUCCAUGCCCUCCCGCAUGGCCACUGUGACAAGCUCCCAAGCGGCCUCAGCAGGCUCUCACCCUUCCUCUUCAGAAAAGCUAAGCAUGGGUCUCAGUGGACUUAGGCUUAUCCGCAGCCCUGGCCCAGGUGUGUCUGCUCCUGUGUCAGAGGGGCUGCUUCAGCAGCAGGCCCGUGAGAAGAAGGCGUUGUGGCAACAGUACUGGGAAAAGCAGGGCUUUCCUCAGAGGAAGAAAGUCUUCCUGAGGCACUCUGGACGCUGGCACUGGGAUCAUAUGACACCUUACCUGCUUGCACGGGAUGUCAGAGGCUCUCCUUCGGGCGGCAACACUCAGAACCUGCAACAAUGCCAGGGCCAUGUGCCAAACAUUGCUGGUAUGAGUGGAGACAGGAACACGCCCCCCAACCCUCCCUCCUGGGAAACGCUGGUGCAAGGCCUCAAUGGCCUCACCCUCAACCUGGGAGCCAACAGACCCAGCCCCCUGCCAGAGGUGACUGGGGAGCAGCAGGAGCCAGAGCAGAUGCUCCGACUGGAGAGGCAGCAGGAAAGCAUCAGGAUCUUCCAGAGAAUGCUCAAGUAG